AGCAGCGCUCUAAAGUGGCGGCGAACUGCCCAGGGGCAGAUAAACACGGACGCAGCCUGCCGAUCGCUACCCGUUUUGCUUCUUGCUCGGGUUUCGCACGGGCAGUCUUGUACCCCGCGCCCCGCUGUCUGCAAAACCCAAAGUUCUCAACUUGUAUUCGCUCUGAAUUCCGCCAUUUUUGGGGGCCGGCAGAUGGGAGGAGGUUUGUUUGGUUUGUGCAAGAUGGCGGCUCCCAUGGACUGGCACUGCUUUGCAUCUGGAGGGAUUUAACUCAACAGAUAUCCAACAUUUAUAUGUAUUUUAACGGAGCAGAAGCCACUCUAGUCGUUUGACGGCUGUGACUUUUCAUUUCUGACGAACAGCCCCAUCGCCUCGAUUCGCCUGCUCUGAAGGCGGCAGAGCGGGCGGCCCCCGGGAGAGGCUCUACCAGAGCCGGCUUUCUCUCACACUGCCGGCCCCGCUGCAGCGGGGUGCUGUAAAAUGGCGGGCGGCUCCCACAGGUUUUGCUCCGCCGUGAGCACGUAUUGAUUUUAAAAUUUUUGACAAGAAACCUCCAAGUUGUUACACUUUUUUGGAGGGGAUUCUUCCAAAUUAUAACUGAGCUGCUUAUUGACAGUUGGUUUUUGUAUCCAUUUCUGAUCUCUUUAAAGAAGCGAUGGCCUCUCCUGCAUCGGUGGGCGCUGGGGCAGCCUCAUCGGGCUCGGCUUUGCAGCCCCGGUGGAAAAGGGUCCUUGGCUGGUCUGGCCCGGUCCCCCGACCCAGGCAUGGACACCGAGCCGUCUCCAUCAAGGAGCUCAUGGUGGUGUUUGGAGGUGGAAACGAAGGGAUCGUGGAUGAACUUCACGUAUACAACACUGCCACCAAUCAAUGGUUUAUCCCAGCAGUUCGAGGUGACAUCCCACCUGGAUGCGCCGCUUAUGGAUUUGUGUGUGAUGGUACUCGUCUUCUUGUCUUUGGAGGCAUGGUGGAGUAUGGAAAAUACAGCAAUGACUUGUAUGAACUGCAGGCCAGUCGAUGGGAGUGGAAAAGACUGAAACCCAAAGCCCCAAAGAAUGGACCUCCACCUUGUCCUCGCCUAGGACAUAGCUUUUCAUUAGUGGGAAAUAAAUGCUAUUUAUUCGGAGGAUUGGCCAAUGACAGUGAAGAUCCAAAAAACAACAUUCCCAGGUAUUUAAAUGACCUAUAUGUCCUAGAGUUGCGCACAGGCUCCAGUGUUGUAGGAUGGGAUAUCCCAAUCACGUAUGGUGUGUUGCCCCCACCACGGGAGAGCCAUACUGCUGUAGUAUAUACGGAAAAGGAGAGCAAAAAAUCACGUCUUGUAAUCUAUGGUGGAAUGAGUGGCUGCAGACUUGGUGACCUUUGGACACUUGAUAUUGAUACUUUAACUUGGAACAAGCCUACAUUGAGUGGCACAGCCCCUUUGCCACGUAGUUUGCACUCUGCCACCACAAUUGGAAACAAAAUGUAUGUUUUUGGUGGCUGGGUCCCCUUGGUCAUGGAUGAUGUGAAAGUUGCAACACAUGAAAAGGAAUGGAAAUGUACAAACACGUUGGCCUGUCUAAAUCUGGAUUCUAUGACCUGGGAGCCAAUUGUAAUGGACACACUGGAAGAUAACAUCCCUCGGGCAAGAGCAGGUCACUGUGCUGUUGCUAUCAAUUCCCGACUGUAUGUGUGGAGUGGGCGUGAUGGAUACCGUAAAGCCUGGAACAACCAAGUCUGCUGCAAAGACUUGUGGUAUCUUGAGACUGAAAAACCUCCUGCUCCCUCACGAGUUCAACUGGUUCGUGCUAACACAAACUCACUUGAAGUGAGUUGGGGUGCUGUUCCUACUGCAGAUAGCUACUUACUGCAGUUGCAGAAAUAUGAUAUCCCAGCAGCAACUGCAGUUACUUCUCCAACUCUAAAUCCUACUCCUUCUCUGCCAGUAAACCCUCCUAAAAGCCCUGCCCCAGCUGCAGCAGCACCCUCAGCCCAGAGCCUUCCACACACGGGUAUUACCCUUGUUCCACAGUCUGCUUCACCAACAACAUCAGGGCUGCCUGUUCUGCCAUCCAUGCCAGGAAGUCCUCUUGGUGCUGCCACUGCAAGGGGACCAGCCAUUUUGAAAGUGGCAGCUCCCCAGUCCUCUACAGGAACAUCAAUUGUAACAGUGCGACAAGCUAACCAGGUGGGGAAAUCUCCUGUCACAGUCACAUCCUUACCAGCUGGGGUUAGAAUGGUAGUUCCAGCACAGAGUGGGCAGGGAGCGGCAAUUGGGAGCAGUCCACAGAUGAGUGGCAUGGCUGCCUUGGCAGCAGCUGCAGCUGCAACACAGAAGAUCCCUCCUUCAUCUUCAGCCACCAUGCUUAAUGUCCCAGCAGGAGCAACAAUUGUGAAGACAGUGGCUGUUACCCCAGGUUCUUCCACAAUCCCUGCCACUGUUAAAGUAGCUUCUCCUGUCAUGGUAAGCAACCCUGCAACACGGAUGUUGAAGACUGCAGCUGCACAGGUGGGCACUUCUGCCACCUCUACCCCAAACACACCAACAAGACCCAUUAUUACUGUGCACAAGUCGGGCACUGUCACUGUAGCACAACAGGCGCAAGUGGUUACUACUGUGGUUGGUGGAGUUACAAAAACAAUUACUCUAGUAAAAAGUCCCAUCACAAUGCCUGGUGGUAGUGCUUUGAUUUCCAAUUUAGGUAAAGUCAUGUCUGUUGUCCAAACAAAGCCAGUGCAGACAUCGGCAGUAACUGGACAAGCUUCAACAAAUCCAGUGACACAAAUUAUUCAGACAAAAGGUCCCUUGCCUGCUGGAACCAUUUUGAAGUUGGUAACGUCAGCUGAUGGAAAGCCUACUACCAUCAUCACAACAACACAAGCUGGAGGAACAGGAAACAAGCCCACUAUUUUGGGGAUCAGCAGUGUUUCCCCUACCACAACUACAAAGCCUGGCACCACAACCAUUAUAAAGACUAUUCCUAUGUCUGCCAUCAUGACGCAGCCUGGGGGAACAGGCGUAACAAGUAGUCCAGGAAUCAAGUCACCCAUUACUAUCAUAACUACUAAAAUGAUGACCUCUGGAACAGGAGCACCUGCCAAAAUAAUUACUGCUGUUCCUAAAUUGACUGCAGGACCUGGUCAGCAAGGAGUUACUCAGGUGGUUUUAAAGGGUCCUCCUGGCCAGCCUGGCACUAUACUUCGCACUGUUCCAAUGGGAGGAGUUCGAUUGGUCACCCCUGUCACGGUCUCAGCUGUGAAACCCACAGUCACCACUCUUGUUGUUAAAGGUACCACAGGUGUUACAACUCUGGGUACUAUGACAGGAACUGUUUCAACCAGCCUUGCAGGAGGUAGUGUUGCUAGUGCCAAUGCGUCUUUAGCCACACCUAUUACUACACUUGGAACCAUUGCUACUCUCUCCAGCCAGGUUAUUAAUCCCACGGCAAUUACUGUGUCUGCAGCUCCCACAAGUCUUACUGGAGCAACUGGGCUUUCUACUCCAACAAUCACCAUGCAGCCUGUUAACCAGCCCACUCAAGUUACCUUAAUAACUACUCCCAGUGGUGUAGAGGCACAACCUGUCCAAGACCUACCUGUGUCCAUCCUGGCUUCUCCAACAUCUGAGCAACCCACAACUGUCACAAUUGCAGAGUCUGGUUCUGGUGAUCAGCCAGGCACAGUCACAUUGGUUUGCUCCAAUCCACCAUGUGAGACGCAUGAGACUGGAACUACCAACACAUCCACAACAGCCAUGUCCAGCAUGGGUUCAGUCCAGAGAUUGUGCUCUAAUCCUCCAUGUGAGACCCAUGAGACUGGUACCACUAACACUUCCACAACUGCCAUGUCCAAUAUGUCUUCAGUCCCUAGAGUUUGUUCAAAUCCACCAUGUGAAACUCAUGAAACUGGUACCACUAGCACACCUACAACAGCUGUAUGCAAUAUGGGAUCUGUCCAGCAGGUGUGUUCAAAUCCACCUUGUGAGACCCAUGAAACAGGUACUACUAACACAUUCACAACGUCCUCGUCAAACAUGAGUUCCAACCAGGGAGCUUUGCAAAAUGUUUGUUCAAGUCCUCCAUCUGAAACCCAGGAGACUGGCACAACCUCAACAUCUACUACAGCUUCAUCUAAUAUGGGAUCUGACCAGGUUGAACUGGUUCAGAGUACUGGUGGUUCUGCUGUUUCAUGCCCAUCGGUUUCCGUCAGCUCAGAUGAAGCUCCUUCAGGCUCCAGUGUUGUCUUGCAGACCUCCAGUUUGCAGAGGGAGAAUUUACGAACAGGCACCACAAAUACAUCAACCAUAGCUAGAUCCAACAUGGGCUCGGAUAUAACUGGCACAGUGCCAAGUGCACAGUCUAACCAGCCAACCCACAAAACAUCUAUGGUUGGGACAGCUUGUCCAAUUUCUUCAGUGUCUAGCUCUACAGAUACGGUGCAAAAUGGUUGCUCCAACCCACCAUGUGAAACACAUGAAACUGGCACCACCAGCACUUCCACAACAGUCUCUUCCAGUAUGGGUUCCAACGAGGCUGAUUUAAUCCAAAGGGUUUGCUCAAAUCCUCCUUGUGAAACACAUGAAACUGGUACCACAAACACCUCAACGACUGCUUCAUCCAGUAUGGGGUCAACACAGACAGAAACUGUGCAGCGAGUGUGCUCGAAUCCUCCAUGUGAAACGCAUGAAACAGGAACUACAAACACGGCUACAACUGCCACCUCAAGCAUGGGCACUAAUGAAGCCCAGCAGAGUGGUGACACAGUCCAGGAAGAAGCCGUAACAACAGCUUCGGCUACUCCUCCAUCUCCUCAGACUCCUGUUACGUCCUCUCCUCCGGCAACUCUAAGUUCUACACAGAACCGAGCAGUGACAAUUUUGACCCAGUCAACACCCACACCAGGUCCUGCAGUGCCCAUUAUUUCCUCCAUCUCAGAAGGAAGUUCAAUUUUGGAGAGUGAAAUUCCAGAGGAAGUCACAGAACCCAUUCCUACUGAAGAAGCCCAGCCAUCUCUUGAUUCUGAACAAGAUCAGGAUCAUUCUGGGGCUAAUCUUACUUCAGACGAUCUUCUUGAUGCUUCUGAAGCUAUGCAGACAGAGCCAUCUGAGUCUGAGGCUCAUUCUCAGUCUCAACUCCUAGAUGCUGCUUCUGUUGGAGAGACUACUGAUACUACCCUUCAUGCACAGGAUGUUGAUCUUCAGGCAGCCAUGGAAACACAGGGUGUUCAGGAAGAACCUGAAGACCAAGGAGAGGCAAAUCAGGCAACAACUGAUGUAGAACCACUCUCUUUACCGCAGGAAUUAAUGGCUGAAACCCAGCCUUCUACGUUAAUGGUGACUGGACUUACCCCUGAAGAACUAGCAGUCACAGCUGCUGCAGAAGCUGCUGCUCAGGCUGCAGCUACAGAAGAAGCACAAGCAUUGGCAAUACAGGCAGUACUACAAGCUGCACAACAGGCUGUAAUGAGUGCAGGGGAUGCAAUGGACACAUCAGACACGGGGCAUGAAGGCCAGCAGACAACAAUUCCUAUUGUGUUGACACAGCAGGAGUUGGCAGCACUUGUACAACAGCAACAUCAACUUCAGGAGGCUCAGGCUGCUGCUGCUGCAGCAGCCGCAGCUGUUGCACAGCAGCAAGCAAACACACAACAACACCAUCAUCAAGCUGCAGCUUUGCCUACUGAGGCUCUGGCACCUGCGGAUAGCCUUAAUGACCCAUCAAGUGAGAGCAAUGGACACAGUGAGCUGGCUAGUGCUGUGACAAGUGCUGUGGCUGGAUUACUUCCAGCAACCCCAACUGAAAGUUUGGCUCCUUCCAGCACGUUUGCCCCUCCACAACCCAUUGUGGUGGCCAGUCCAGCAAAAAUGCAGGCUGCAGCUGCCUUGGCUGAGGUAGCUAAUGGGAUUGAAUCUGCAGGUUUGAAGUCAGAUACAAUGACUACCCCAGCCCCAACAAAAGUUCCAGUUAAGAAGGAGAACCAGUGGUUUGAUGUUGGUGUCAUCAAGGGAACGAAUAUGGUAGUGACACACUACUAUUUACCUGCUGAUGACACGCCUGUUGGAGAUGAGGACACUUCUACUAUUCCAGACUAUAACCAGCUAAAGAAAGUAGAACUUCAGCCUGGCACUGCCUACAAGUUUCGGGUAGCUGGAAUCAAUGCUUGUGGCAGAGGUCCCUUUAGUGAGAUUUCAGCAUUUAAAACGUGCUUGCCAGGCUUUCCAGGAGCACCUUGUGCCAUCAAAAUCAGCAAGAGUCCAGAUGGAGCACACUUGACAUGGGAGCCACCUUCAGUAACGUCAGGAAAGAUCAUAGAGUAUUCUGUUUACUUAGCAAUCCAGAGUGCACAGGCUGGGGAGCCGAAGACAUCUGCCCCCGCCCAACUUGCAUUUAUGCGAGUGUAUUGUGGACCCAGCCCUUCAUGUUUGGUGCAGUCGUCCAGUCUUUCCAAUGCUCACAUAGAUUAUACCACCAAGCCUGCCAUUAUCUUCCGCAUUGCUGCCCGCAAUGAGAAGGGCUAUGGCCCUGCUACCCAAGUCAGGUGGCUUCAAGAGUCAAACAAAGAUGGCACAGCAGCAAAGCCUGCAGGGAAGCGACCUGUCUCCUCCUCCCCAGAAGUGAAAGCCUCUGGUCCAAAGAAAGUGAAGUCCGAUCAGUAGUGAGUUUAAUGGGCCAUGAUUUCCUCCCUUCCCUCCUCCUGCCAUUUGUUUUCAUGGUUACAGAGAACUGCUGGCUCAAUAUUGGGACACGUAGGGUGCCCUACAGACCCUGUAUCCCACCCCAGUGAUCUUCAUUAAACAUAAGGACAACGUGGGGCUUUAAGGUGCAAAAGCAGUCUUUCUUGCAUUGCUUUGACUUAUAUGUUGGUGUUACUCUUCAAGCAAAACAAUGAAAAAGCACACUUUUACCAUCUGUAAGUGUUUAAAAGUAGACAAGAAAAUCAGCUUCAAUAUAUUUUCUUUGUUUAUGGAAAAAGCAAAGGAAACUUGUCCUGCAAUAAAUUCUUGACACUUUUCCUACUUUUUAAUCUUCAUUUGCCUACCCCACCCCCCAACCCCAAAUAUUAAGAAAAUCUCAUGCCCACCACCCUCGAAGGAUUAUCACCGCAGUAAUUUCCAGAUGCUUUUGUUUUUGAGGAACUUUAAAAAUGGAUACAAGUUUCAAAAAGGAAAAAUUCAGCAAAGGAAAGAAAGCACUUGUCUUUUGGUUAGUGUGGUUGGAAGUGACAUCUAUUUUUUUAUUAUUAUUAUUAUUAUUAUUAUUUUUCCUCCAUUUUAAAGGAUCAGACUUCAUUAAGUGGCAAAUAAGAGGCCGGACUUGAACAACUGUCUCCUUACAAUUUACAAUCACUGUGCAGUUAAUACUAGGGGAGGAAUAGGAAAGUGCAAUUCAGACCUGCUAUGGUGUCUUUUUUUUCUCCUUUAAACUUUUUGUUAAAAUCACAGAGAAACAAAAGUGAAUUUUGGGGCGGGUAAAGCAUGAAGGAUUCUCUUUUUUGUUAGGAAGUACUUUGUACCAUGUUAGAUUUGCAGAAGUAAUGUUGACCUUUUUUGUGUAUUGUCUCAUCUCCUUUCCCUGUCCUCCUCUUCCACAGUGCGUCUUCAGUCGAAAAGGAAAGAAUUUAUUUCACAUAGAAACAUGUACCGUUAUAGUGUAUAAGGGAUCGAACUGUGUGAGCUUAAAGAUGGGAGACAUUCUUGUCCACAAGUCAUUGUAUUAUUUAAAUAUGCCAAAAGUUCCUAAGAGAUUGGUAUUGCCUUUCUAGCCCCCUACUCACCUUUUAUUUUCAGGUGUCCCCCUGCAUUUUAAACAGGAUAAAUCCAGAGCGCGCAAAUAUUUGGAAUACAGUGCGAGAAACUUUUGUAAGAAGUCCAGAGAAGAUAAGACGUUCAAAGCAAAAUGAGAACGUAAAAACUGUGUAUUAUAUUUGCUUCUGUCUUUUGCAGAAAGAUGUUGAUAGGGUUUGGGUGAGUUAAGAAAUUUGGGAAUUUUUUUUCCUAGGAGGGAGGGGUAGUUGGGAAUUGAAGCACGAGCAUUGGCCUAGCCAAAGUUUCUGAUCAAUUGUAAAUUAGUUCAUUCAUAUAGCCAGAAGAUUAAAAAUAAUCUUGGCCUUUUUUUAUAUAAUUAACUGUAACAAAACUGUUUUUACAUGUUGGUCAUUUCUUGAUUGCCUCUUUUUGUGUCUUGACAUAAAACGAACAGAAAUAC